UCGGGAAAGGAUUGGAGAUGCGCGUCUGAAGGAGAGACUCCGCCCAAGGGGAGCGCAGGCUGGUGACCUUCGCCUUUGCGCGGCGGUACUUUCGCUUCCAAGGCUAUUCCCUCCCCGCGCGGCGCGUCAUCCCCGACCAGGAGCCCGUGGGACGGCGCGGGGCGAGCACCUGGAGGCUGCCGGGCCCCUCCUACCCUGGCCGGGGAAGGGCUUCCCUGAGUCCGGCGUGCUGGCUGGCUGGGGCGCCACAAAGCAGGGAGCUCGCCGGCCGGCUGCUGGGGAGAGCGAGCGCGGAUUCUUGCUUGGCGCGCCUGGAGACCCGGGACUCGAGCAUGGCUUUUGGCAAGAGUCAGAAGGAUCCCUUCGGCACAGCCGUGGGGCACCUGAUCGAAAAGGCUACUUUUGGAGCGCUGCAGACAGAAGAGUGGGGCCAGUUCAUGCACAUCUGCGAUAUUAUCAACACAACUGAGGAAGGACCCAAGAAUGCGAUCAGAGCGCUAAGGAAAAAGCUUUCCAAAAACUGCAACCAUGUUGAGAUUCGUCUGACGCUUUCUCUCCUCGACAUGUGCAUGCAGAACUGUGGCCCGAGCUUCCAGUCUCUGGUUGUGAGAAGGGAUUUCUGCAAAGACAGACUAGUGAAGCUGCUGAAUCCAAGGUUCAACCUCCCUGUUGAUAUGCAGGAGAAAAUCCUGACCUUUAUCAUGACAUGGGCUCGAGGAUUUCAAGGUGCUGUGGAUGUGAGUGAUGUAAAGGAGGUGUACCUGGAGCUGCUUAAGAAAGGGGUCGAGUUUCCGUCCUUGGGAAGCAACAAUGGAACCAAGAAGCCUUUACCUCCGGUCUCCACAAAAGCAUCAUAUGGCAGUCCCAGGAGGGGCAUUUUAGGAUCCCUUAGCCCACCUACAGUCAUAACACUGAUUCCCGAACAGAUUGGAAAGCUGUACAGCGAACUGGAUAUGGUAAAGAUGAAUGUGAGGGUCAUGUCAGCCAUCCUGAAGGAAAACGUCCCUGGGUCAGAAAAUCCAGAUGAUAUGGAGCUUCUCCAGAAGCUCUAUAAGACGUGUCGGGUAAUGCAAGAGAGAAUUAUGGAACUUCUCGCGACUGUGCAGAAUGAAGACGUGAUCACAGAACUGAUACAAGUGAAUGAAAAUCUGAAUAAUGUCCUACUGGGACAUGAAAGGUUCUCUCGAAACAGAGUACGCUUCUUGGAGAAUCAAAGGAUUCAGAACGAAGGUGCAGGGGUCCAUGACAACCAGCCGUCUGCUCCUUCGUGUGAUUUGCUUGACCUGGCUUCAAGCUUUUCCACUACUGUGCCAAAGCCUGGGGAAGUUGGCCCUGCACCUCCUCAGUUUUCAGAAUUGAAUUGCCAGCCACAAAGUGUUGCUGUUCCAAGCCCCUACCCCACUCAGCCACCACUUUACCCUCAACUAAAUUCACUCGCAACUACAAAUGCUGCACACACUCCGUUCACAUCAGAAACACAAAGUGCAUGUCAAAGCUUUCCAGGUAGCUCGACAUACAUCAACGUGAACACCUAUUUAAAUCCAGUACCUCUGCAUCCGGUAAGCCUUCAGAGUAAUGGCUCAAGAGAGGUGCCCCCAGCAGACGUAUCAAAAAGCAGUCCGCCUCCUCCAAAUUAUUACGAGCUAAUGGAAUUCGACCCCUUGGCUCCCAGUGACAAAACAGAACCUGUAUAUGAAGAAAUUGAUGCACACCUAUUCAAAGCAAGUGUUAGAAACAACACCAGUUGUUAAAAGCAGAGGUCCAAGAGAACCAGUUCUUUACCAGUACUAGAGAUUCUUUUGAUCACUCAAAACCUGUCAGUUCAGUGACAAAGAAUAGGAGGACAAUUUUUGGAAGAUGAUUUGGAUAUGUCACACCGUUCAUAUGAAGACGUUCAAAACCUAUCCUGCAUUAAGUUCAGUUGAUCGUUAAGAAUGCAAGGUUCUACUUGUACGUAUACUUUGGACCAAAGUCUACAAAUUCUAUACAGCAUGUCCCCCCCCCC